UGCUGAAGGGCAGGGAACAACUGAUGGUGCUACUUUGAACUGCUUUUCUUUUCUCCUUUUUGCACAAAGAGUCUCAUGUCUGACAUUUAGACAUGAUGAGCUUUGUGCAAAAGGGGUCCUGGUUACUUCUAGCUCUGCUUCAUCCCACUGUUAUUUUGGCACAACAGACCCAGGAAGCUAUUGAUGGAGGAUGCUCUCAUCUUGGUCAGUCCUAUGCCGAUAGAGAUGUCUGGAAGCCAGAACCAUGCCAAAUAUGUGUCUGUGACUCAGGAUCAGUUCUUUGUGAUGAUAUAAUAUGUGAUGAACAAGAAUUAGACUGUCCCAACCCAGAGAUCCCCUUUGGAGAAUGUUGUGCUGUUUGUCCCCAGCCUCCAACAACUCCUCCAACCGGACCUAAUGGACCACAAGGACCCAAAGGAGAUCCAGGCCCUCCUGGUAUUCCUGGGAGAAAUGGUGACCCUGGUAUUCCAGGACAACCUGGUUCCCCUGGUUCUCCUGGUCCCCCUGGAAUCUGUGAAUCAUGCUCCACUGGUGGACAGAAUUAUUCUCCUCAGUUUGAUUCAUAUGAUGUCAAGGCUGGAGGAGGUGGAGGAGGAGGUUUUCCUGGGCCAGCUGGUCCCCCUGGUCCUCCUGGUCCCCCUGGUACAUCUGGCCAUCCUGGCUCCCCUGGAUCUCCAGGAUACCAAGGUCCUCCUGGUGAACCUGGGCAAGCUGGACCUUCAGGUCCUCCAGGCCCUCCUGGUGCUUUAGGUCCAUCAGGCCCUGCUGGAAAAGAUGGGGAAUCAGGAAGACCAGGAAGACCUGGAGAAAGAGGAUUACCUGGACCCCCAGGUAUCAAAGGGCCACCUGGCAUGCCUGGAUUCCCUGGUAUGAAAGGACACAGAGGCUUUGAUGGACGAAAUGGAGAAAAAGGUGACACAGGUGCUCCUGGAUUAAAGGGUGAAAAUGGUCUUCCAGGUGAAAACGGAGCCCCUGGACCCAUGGGUCCAAGAGGGGCUCCUGGUGAACGAGGACGGCCAGGCCUUCCUGGAGCUGCAGGGUCUCGAGGUAAUGAUGGCGCUCGAGGAAGUGAUGGACAACCAGGCCCUCCUGGUCCUCCUGGAACUGCAGGAUUUCCUGGAUCCCCUGGUGCUAAGGGUGAAGUUGGACCUGCAGGAUCUCCUGGCUCAAGUGGUUCCCCUGGACAAAGAGGAGAACCUGGACCUCAGGGACAUGCUGGCUCUCCAGGUCCUCCUGGUCCCCCUGGGAACAAUGGCAGCCCUGGUGGUAAAGGAGAGAUGGGCCCUGCUGGUAUUCCUGGAGCUCCUGGAUUAUUGGGGCCCAGAGGUCCCCCAGGACUACCUGGCACCAAUGGUGUGCCUGGACUGCGAGGUGGUGCAGGUGAACCCGGAAAGAAUGGUGCGAAAGGAGAGCCAGGACCACGUGGCGAACGAGGUGAAGCUGGUUCUCCAGGCAUUCCAGGACCAAAAGGUGAAGAUGGCAAAGACGGUUCACCUGGAGAACCUGGUGCAAAUGGAACUCCCGGAACUCAAGGAGAAAGGGGUGCUCCCGGAUUCCGAGGACCUGCUGGAGCAAAUGGCCUUCCAGGAGAAAAGGGUCCCUCUGGGGAGCGUGGUGGUCCAGGUCCUGCAGGGCCCAGAGGAGCUCCUGGAGAACCAGGCCGUGAUGGUCUCCCGGGAGGUCCAGGAUUGAGGGGUAUGUCUGGAAGCCCAGGAGGACCAGGCAAUGAUGGGAAACCAGGGCCUCCCGGAAGUCAAGGAGAAAGUGGUCGACCAGGUCCCCCAGGCCCGUCGGGUCCCCGAGGUCAGCCUGGUGUCAUGGGCUUCCCUGGUCCUAAAGGAAAUGAUGGUGCUCCUGGCAAGAAUGGAGAACGAGGUGGUCCUGGGGGUCCUGGCCCACAGGGUCCUGCUGGAAAGAAUGGUGAAACUGGACCUCAGGGUCCCCCAGGGCCUACUGGACCAUCUGGUGACAAAGGAGAAUCAGGACCCCCUGGUCUUCCAGGGCCACAAGGCAUACCUGGAACCAAUGGCCCUCCAGGAGAAAAUGGAAAACCUGGUGAACCAGGUCCAAAGGGUGACGGCGGCGCACCUGGCACCCCAGGAGGCAAGGGUGACGCUGGUGCUCCUGGUGAACGUGGACCCCCUGGAGUAGCGGGUCCCACAGGACUAAGAGGUUCACCUGGUCCCCCUGGACCCGAAGGAGGAAAGGGCCCUGUAGGUCUCCCUGGACCACCUGGCAAUAAUGGCAGUCCUGGUAUACAAGGAAUGCCAGGAGAAAGAGGAGGCCCUGGAGGUCCUGGCCCAAAGGGUGACAAGGGUGAACCAGGUGGUCCGGGUGCUGACGGUGCCCCAGGGAAAGACGGCCCAAGGGGUCCUACUGGUCCCAUUGGUCCCCCUGGCCCAGCUGGUCAGCCUGGAGAUAAGGGUGAAGGUGGUGCCCCGGGACUUCCUGGCAUAGCCGGUCCACGUGGUGGCCCUGGUGAGAGAGGCGAACAUGGCCCUCCAGGACCUGCUGGCUUCCCUGGUGCUCCUGGCCAGAAUGGUGAACCUGGUGGUAAAGGAGAAAGAGGAGCUCCUGGAGAGAAAGGUGAAGGAGGCCCCCCUGGAGUUGCAGGACCCCCUGGUGGUGCUGGGCCAUCUGGUCCCCCCGGCCCCCAAGGCGUUAAAGGUGAACGUGGCAGUCCUGGAGGUCCUGGAGCUGCUGGAUUCCCUGGUGCUCGUGGUCUUCCUGGUCCUCCUGGUAGUAAUGGUAACCCAGGUCCCCCAGGCUCCAGUGGUCCUUCAGGCAAAGAUGGACCUCCAGGUCCACCUGGUAGCAGUGGUGCUCCCGGCAACCCUGGGUCACCUGGCCCAAAAGGUGAUGCUGGGCAACCAGGAGAGAAAGGAUCACCUGGCUCCCCGGGCCCUCCGGGAGCUCCAGGCUCAAGUGGAAUCACAGGGAUUCCCGGAACACGGGGUCUUGCAGGACCACCAGGCAUGAUAGGUCCUAGGGGAAGUCCUGGCCCGCAAGGCAUCAAGGGUGAAAGUGGAAAGCCAGGAACUAAUGGUCUCCCUGGAGAACGGGGACCUACGGGCCCCCAGGGGCUUCCUGGCCUGGCCGGUACAGCUGGUGAGCCUGGAAGAGAUGGGAAUCCUGGAUCAGAUGGCCUGCCAGGUCGAGACGGAUCUCCUGGUGGCAAGGGUGAUCGUGGUGAAAAUGGCUCUCCUGGUCCCCCCGGUGCUCCUGGUCAUCCGGGCCCACCUGGCCCUGUUGGUCCCGCUGGAAAGAGUGGUGAUAGAGGAGAGUCUGGUCCUGCUGGCCCCACUGGAGCUCCAGGUCCUGCUGGCUCCCGAGGUGCACCUGGUCCCCAAGGCCCACGUGGUGACAAAGGCGAAACAGGUGAACGUGGUUCUAAUGGCAUCAAAGGACAUCGAGGAUUCCCCGGUAGUCCAGGUGCCCCCGGCUCUCCAGGUCCUGCUGGUCACCAGGGCGCAAUCGGUAGUCCAGGCCCUGCAGGCCCCAGAGGACCUGUGGGACCCAGCGGCUCCCCUGGGAAAGAUGGAACGAGUGGACACCCAGGUCCCAUUGGACCACCAGGGCCUCGAGGUAACAGAGGUGAAAGAGGAUCUGAGGGUUCCCCAGGCCACCCUGGUCUGCCGGGCCCUCCUGGACCUCCUGGUGCCCCAGGUCCAUGCUGCGGUGGGGCUGCGGCCAUCUCUGGUGGUGGUGAAAAAGCUGGUUUUUCCCCAUAUUAUGGAGAUGAGCCUAUGGACUUCAAAAUCAACACUGAAGAGAUUAUGACUUCACUCAAAUCUGUCAAUGGACAGAUAGAAAACCUCAUUAGCCCUGACGGUUCUCGCAAAAACCCUGCUCGGAACUGCCGAGACCUGAAGUUCUGCCAUCCUGAGCUCAAAAGUGGAGAAUAUUGGGUUGAUCCUAACCAAGGUUGCAAGAUGGAUGCUAUAAAAGUAUUCUGUAAUAUGGAGACAGGGGAAACAUGUAUAAAUGCUAGUCCUUCAAAUGUUCCACAGAAGAGAUGGUGGACAGACUCCAGUGCUGAGAAAAAACAUGUUUGGUUUGGAGAGACCAUGGAUGGUGGUUUUCAGUUUAGUUAUGGCAAUCCUGAACUUCCUGAAGAUGUCCUCGAUGUCCAGCUGGCUUUCCUCAGACUUCUCUCCAGCCGGGCCUCACAGAACAUCACGUAUCAUUGCAAGAACAGCAUUGCAUACAUGGAUCAUGCCAGUGGGAAUGUAAAGAAAGCCCUGAGACUGAUGGGGUCGAAUGAUGGUGAAUUCAAGGCAGAAGGAAACAGCAAAUUCACAUACACAGUUCUGGAGGAUGGGUGUACUAAACACACUGGGGAAUGGGGCAAAACAGUCUUCGAGUACCGAACACGCAAGGCCAUGAGGCUACCUAUUGUAGAUUUUGCACCCUAUGAUAUCGGUGGCCCUGAUCAAGAAUUUGGUGUGGACGUUGGCCCUGUUUGCUUUUUAUAAACCAAACUCUAUCUGAAACCCCAGCCACAAAUUUCACACUCCAUAUGUGUUCCUCUUGUUCUAAUCUUGUCAACCAGUACAAGUGACCAACUAAAUUCCAGUUAUUUAUUUCCAAAAUUUUUGGAAAAAGUAUAAUUUGACAAAAAAGGAUACUUUUUUUUUUUUUUGCUGUUAGACCAAUUACAAUUCAAAUGCUUUUUGUUCUAUUUUUUUACCAAUUCCAAUUUCAAAAUGUCUCAAUGGUGCUAUAAUAAAUAAACUUCAACACUCUUACAAUAACACUGUGUUACAUUCUUUGAAUCUUAGCCCAUCUGAAGAACAAUGACUAUGCUUACUAUUAAAAGAUAACCUUUCUAAAAUAGUCAAACAUGAAAUUAGAAAGAUAUCCCUGUUUCAACUACCUCAACCUGGUCAGAAAUACAGAUGAAUUUUAUAAAUCCUAGAAAAGACUUGUAUAAGUCCUAGGGGAAAAUGUAUAAAUUUGCAAAACAUAAAUUUUAUU